AUGUCGAUCCAAGGUCCCAGCAGUCCAGCUCCCUACCGGGCCCCGCAUCACUCAUCAAUCAAGUCACAACGAGUCCUCGCCUGCAUCCUCUGUCAACAGCGCAAGGUGAAAUGCGACCGUAAAUUUCCUUGCUCCAAUUGCAUUAAGCAUCAAACGCAAUGCGUUCCUUCUACGCAGACGCGUCCCCGACGACGUCGAUUCCCCGAGCGCCAGCUACUGGAGCGACUCCGAAGCUAUGAGGAGCUGCUGCGUCAGAACAAGAUCAAGUUCGAGCCACUUCACAAAGAUUCCAGCUCCACUGCGAGGAGUGAGGACUUGCAGGAAGAUAGCGAAGAUUCGGGUGCUGAACAGCCAGAAUCCGAGAGGUCUGAUGGGUCAUUUCCGACUGGCCCGUCGAAGCCGAAAAGCGCAUGUGAAGCUAAAAACAUAUGGCAUGCUCUGAGUCAAGGCUUCCGAGGAGUGAAUAACGACGGCGAUUUGAACGAUGGUGUUCGAGAGGUCAUGGUCGGGAAGACCUGGGAUAAUCUCUUCGAUAACGAUGAUCAUCUUCUUUUUGGUUCGCGACAGGCUGCCGUUGAACUUUCUACGCUCCAUCCGGAGCCGGUACAUAUUUUCCGACUCUGGCAAAUAUAUCUCGAGAAUGUCAACCCGCUGCUCAGGGUCACACAUACUCCAACAUUACAGGGUCGUAUCAUUGAAGCUGCGAGUAAUCUGACCAACGUGACUCCUGCUCUGGAAGCCCUAAUGUUUGGCAUUUAUAGCAUGGCUGUAUUAAGCCUUGGCGAGGACUGUCAGACAUCGUUCGGGAUGCCGAAGAAUGAGCUUCUUAGAAAGUUUCAGUUCGGCUGUCAGCAAGCUUUGUUAAAUUGCGGCUUCUUACGAUCGGCCGACCGCGACUGCUUAACGGCAUUAUAUCUGUAUCUUGUGAGUUCGGCUUGGCGAUUUGUGGUAUUCGGACUGCCCACUAAAAGUGUCCAGGUGUCGGUUCAUCCUAGCACAAAUCCUCGCUCUCUAUCGUCCAUGCUUGGAAUUGCGAGUCGCAUCGCCCAACGGAUGGGGAUUCAAUCCGAGUCCAAUAACUCAAAAUACCCGGUCCUUGAAGCUGAAAUGCGCCGAAGACUGUGGUGGUCAUUUGUACUGUUCGACGCGCGAAUAAGCGAGUUGUCUGAUUAUAGAACCACCUUACUGGCCCCAACCUGGGACUGCAAAAUUCCUCUCAACGUGAAUGACUUUGAUAUUCGCCCAGAGAUGAAGGAGCCACCGGCAGUGCAGGGUAAAAUCACAGAGGGAUUAUUCACGAUUUUGCGCUGCGAAUUAGGAGAGUUCAUUCGGCACAGCUCCUUUCAUCUUGAAUUUACGAAUCCAUCUCUGAAGCGUGUUGCCAAGGAUCUUCCUGGAGGGGGGAACCUUGAUGCUCUGGAGAGGAUUAUCGAAAAAGGAUAUCUUGAUCAUUGCGAUUCGCACAAUUCACUUCACUUCAUGACAAUUUGGAUGAUGAGAACCACUAUUUCGAAGCAUCGACUGCUAGAAUACUAUUCACGGUGCUGUUAUGAGUCUCAGACGGCGAACCAAAGUGAUACCCCGAUGCUAUAUGCAUUCAAAGUGCUUGAGAGCGAUACGAAAAUCAUCAGUUCGCCGCUGACCAAAGGCUUUACAUGGUUUCUUCAUUCCCACUUUCCUCUUCCAGCCUAUAUCCACAUCGUCCAAGAGUUGAUCAAACAGCCCACUCGUACCGAGGCGAAACAAGCCUGGGAGGUCAUGAGCGACAAUUACGAGGCCCGAUUCAACGCUUCAAUUUUGGUCGGCACUUCAGAUUUUGUCAGCAAUCCCGUUUUCAACACCUUUACCAAGAUUCUUCUCCAGGCCUGGGAUGCUCUCGAAAAUGCCUCCAGAAACCUCGGAACAGCUGCUCAAGAGCCAUUGGUUCCACCGAGAAUCGUAUCGAGUCUCAAAGUGAGAAUGGCCGAGAAAGCACGGAAUGAACAAAAUGGCAACAUGGGGCAGCAGCUCGGCGAUUUUACCAACGUCGAUAUCACCGACUUACUCAUGUCAAUGCCGAUGGGAUUUGGCAACCCAAAUUCUGGAUAUGGGAUGACCGGAGCCGACACCUAUCCAGUUGAUCAAGUGCCAUUAACAAACCCCAGUAUUCCAGGGCAAUCUCCGGGUCUACCCAUUGCUCAGAUGCAUCAGAUGAGUUGGGCCUCGAUGGCUUGGGCCUUCCGUGAACGUCGUGGGUGGUGA